AUGCAGCGCUGUUUGGCGGAAUUGCGAAAACAUUACCAUUUUUACGGAACACAUGUUACAACCUCCAAUCCGGAGGACCAGGGGGCGUUGCUCGUCAGACCUCUAACCAUUGACCACCCUCGUAGGAGACACUGCGAGUGCCGCACGGACACCACCAAUAUAGCUCAAUGGGUUGUCGAUGUACACAAACCGUCCCACCAUAGUAUGGUCCAGUCUCUUCUUGACGGGCCACUUACGAGACACUGCGAGUGCCGCACGGACACCACCAAUAUAGCUCAAUGGGUUGUCGAUGUACACAAACCGUCCCACCAUAGUAUGGUCGAGUCUCUUCUUGACGGGCCACUUACGUCUGUAUUGUCAAAACUAAGCUAUGACCUUAAAUUCGUCAAUCUCAUUGGUCAAACAUCGAGACGAAUCAUUCUGAUUCUGACGAAGCAUUCUGAUUCUGUAGACCUGUCCAUUACUCGUGAAAGGUUUAGCCGCCCCAGAAAAGCGCAAACCUGGAGUGAGGUCACACAUUCUAAAAGUUGUAUUUAUUCUGCACCAGAUCAUAGGAGUUCCGAAUUCGGAACUCCUCUUUUCCUGGAGCUAAUUAGCAGUACCCUCCUUGUUGGCACGUUACUCCAGGUAUCGCAGUAUAUUUGCAUAAUGGAAACUACUCACACGAUUGCUGAAAACUUUGAGACAGCUCACGAUCGAUUUCGCCCGUCUUGGGGCACAUUCCCCGAAUUUCCGUCAAACUUAUGUUAUACUUGUAUCCAAAAUGGACAGACAAACACUCUCAUCGGCGUAUCAAUCAACGCACAGACGGGCCACAUCAAUGGCUGCAGACAUUAUCAGACAUGGCCCAGUCGCGCCCUCAAUGGCGCUCGUGCAUCCAAGCUAUUGCCUUCAACGCAUAGCUCCCCUCCCAACCCCCCACUUGACAGCCCACUGACAGUGCUGGACUUAUGCACCAAUUUAUAA